ACCCCACUCGCCCACCAUUUUAAAUAUCAACCCCCCCACCCCCCCGCAUCGCAACCGCCAUUAAUAUAUAACCCAUUCAAACGCCGAAAUAUGAUCAACUCCUCAAAAUGAUGAUCGGAGACAAAUUUCAGCUUCCAGAUGCUCUGAAUCUCGACGAUCAUUCCUCCUUCAGCCCUCCAGUCUCCGGCGACGGCAACGAUGACUUCGCGCUGACUCGUUACCUGCCGUCUAAUUCGAACGGCGACGUCGAAUCGGAAACCGGCAGGGACGUUGACUUCCCGGCGGGGGGAUCCCACUCGUGCGACGACUUCCGCAUGUUCGAUUUCAAGGUGAGGUGGUGCGCGCGCGGCGUGUCCCACGACUGGACCGAGUGUCCCUACGCUCACCCCGGGGAGAAGGCGCGGCGGAGGGACCCGCGGAAGUAUCACUACUCCGGCGCGGCGUGCCCGGAUUACAAGAAGGGAGCCUGCCGGAAGGGGGACGCGUGCGAGUACGCGCACGGCGUGUUCGAGUGCUGGCUCCACCCGGCCCGCUAUCGUACGCAGCCUUGCAAGGACGGGCUAAACUGCACCAGGCGGAUCUGCUUCUUCGCCCACGCGCCGGUGCAGCUCCGGGUUCUGAGUCCGCGGACGGCGUAUUCCGGCUCGCCGCCGCCCGACUCGCCUCCCGCGUCCCCGAUCGUCGCGGCCCUGCGGCAGGAAUCGCAACUGAGCAGGUUCAAUUCGUUUCCCCCCUCCUGGUCGCCGAUCAUGGGGCCCGCGGCGAAGCAGAGGAUCCGAACCGGCUUCUGGAGCACGCCGGCCACACCGACCCGGCCAGUCGGGCGACCCGGAUCGGGCCAAUUUGAUAUCUGGGAGGAGGAUUGGGGAAAAGAGGCGGAUGCUCCCAUGGAGAGGGUGGAGUCCGGCAGGGACGUUAGGGCAAAGAUGUUCGAGAGGAUAGGGAAGGAGAAUCCGCUAGACGGUCGGGAUCCGAGAUCCGACCCGUUCCCGACCCGGUAUGAUGCCUUCAAUCCUGACGUCGGGUGGGUCUCCGAGCUUGUCCAGUGAAUUCUAUUCUAUUCUUAAACAGAAAAACAUGUCACCUACCUAUUUGUAUUGCUGUAAAAUACGGAGUACUAAUAUGACUCGCAUUGUUACAAUCAUCUUUUUUUAACUCGGGUAUCUUUUUUUGUUCAUGUAAAUACUAAAUAUUGAGUAUAAAU